GUAGCCGGGCGUACUAGUGCUAGAGGUAUUGAACGAGGUUCGUGAGGGUUGGUUCUCGUUUACGCAGCUGUCUAGUGCGACAACCAAAUUUUCUGAAAAAUAUUAAAAGGAUCGUCAUUUUAAGGUAGACAUUGUCCAGCAACUCCAUGACCUCUGACUUUGGAGACAACACAGAAGUGACUGUGGAGCUUAAUAACACUGCUAAACCUGGUGACCCAAGUUUGAACCCAGAUGCUGAAAUCUUUUGUAGCAAGACUUUGGAAAAUAACUGUGUGAAAUCAUCUAUAUCUCAGGCAGUUGGCGGAACUGGUGGUGAAGACAUAAAGACUUCUGGUGUUGUCUGUCAGGAUGUUAGAGACGAAGUAAGCCAGGAUGUUGAAAUAACAGAGAACAUGAACAACUCAACAGCUAUAGCCAAUGCUGGAUGUGUUCGCAUGAUGUACCAUUCUCAAUCAGAUCACCAGCUUGAUCCACCAUACAUGACCCCUAAAGGAACUCCAUUACAGGAGUUGAAAGUCAUGUUGCAGAGGCAGUUGGAUUACUAUUUCUCAAGGGAAAAUUUGGCCCACGACACAUUUCUUGUUUCUCAAAUGGAUAGUGACCAAUAUGUUCCAAUCAUUACAGUCGCUAACUUCAACCAAGUGAGACGCCUCACUAAAGACUUGAAAUUGAUUGUGGAAGUACUGAGAGAAUCACCCAAUGUACAAGUUGAUGAGGCUGGUGAAAAGGUUCGUCCAAAUCAUAAGUGCUGUGUCUUAAUACUUCGUGAGAUACCAGAAAAUACUGCAAUCAAGGAUAUUGAAACUUUGUUUGGUGGCGAGGGUUGUCCAAAGUUUGCCAAGUGUGAAUUUGUCCACAAUGAUAGCUGGUAUGUGACAUUUGACUCUGAUGAAGAUGUGCAAAAGGCAUACCGCUACCUUCGAGAGGAAGUUCGUAGUUUCCAAGGCAAACCAAUUAUGGCAAGGAUUAAGGCCAAACCAAUUACAAGGGCACCAUUAGUUCCACGUUAUAAGAAUGGCUUGAGAUACCAUGGUCCUAUGGCCUCCCCAGUCAGUGGUCAGCAGGAACCCACCACACCUAUUCAGCAGCAGUGGACAGAACAGCCACAGCAAGGAUUACCUUAUUCAAACGAUCCAUCUUUGUCUUAUGGCAACCAGCAAGUCUUCCCUCCAUUUUAUCCACCUACAAUGCUUCAAGCUUGUGCUCCUCCUGCUCCAUCAACUUUUGAAUUUGGAACUAUAUUUUUAAUGAAUGGGCUGCCCCCACCAGCUGCUUUUAAGUCACUCAACGGAACUGGAAGACAUGGGCUACAUGGGAGGAGCAAUAAAACCCAAGUAUAUCGAAACCAACAUAACAAACACAAUUUGGUAGGCUUAGAACAGAAAGAUGCUCUACCAUUCAUGCAAAAUCCUCCACAUGGAGCUACUCCAAUGUUGAGUCGUGGGAUUAGUGGCUUCGGCUACCUGCCAUAUCCUUAUGGCAAUCCUUACGGUUUAGGAAUGGAUGUGCAAGAUUAUUUCUCCUAUUCCAAAAGGUAUUCACACUAUAACAAGCAAGUUUUAAGUUCCCCUUCUUCAAGUUAUGGUGCAAAAACAUCCAAUAGAUCGUCAAGUGGAAUCAAAGAAUCCACGAAUUCUAAGCUACCAAACCAAACUAAGUGUGCAGUUGAUUUCCAAGGCAGAGAUUUGUCUGCAAAACAACAAAGAAACCGUUCUAGGAGAAAAAGAAAAGAGGAAACAAGUGCCAAAUGUGAACAUAGAGGAGGAAGUAAUGAUACAAAAGGCUGUGAAAGUAAAGACAUCAAACCUGAUUCAGCCAAGUUUGAUCUGGAACCUGCUUCAUUUCCACCUCUUCCAGGAUCAUGGGAUUCGACUAUCUCUGGUUCUGAUGCAUUUGAGAACCGACUAUCAGAUAUAGUUAAAGGUACAUUGAAGGCCCCUGGGGAUGAUAGCAGACUGCAGAUUGAGGAACUAAAGUCCACUGUAAUAGAAGGUCACAGCCUAGCAAAUGGGAGCCUAAGUGAAACCAUACUAACUCCACCAGCAUCUCCUCUAAGAGAUGAAAGACUACUUAAUCAUCACAGCUUAACUGAAGGUAUGUGUUCAGUGCAGUCUGAGCCAAAGCAACCAUUUUCAACUGAGGAUGCACGUUCUGAGCCAGAAACCAAAUCAAAGCCAACAGUUCAUAAUACCAACAGAACUGUUGUUCUGACCUCCACCGUUACGACUGAAAUUGAUAGUUGCUGCGCCAUAUCUCCAAACCCUACUAGUUCAACUCCAACCAUGUUUUGCUCACCUCAACCUGCUUUUAAAUCCAUCAUUCCCACAAAGACUACAACCAUCCAGUCACAUCCAGUGGUUAAACAGCAGGAAAGUACAAGCUUCCUGAUAAAUGGAAACAUUGACUUAUCCAUUGGAUCUAAAGACAAAGGACGAAAACUGACUUACUCAGAAGUUGCACAAAGAGCUAAAGAUUCAGUGGAAAGACUAGCCUUUGAAUUGAAAGAAAAGGAACGCCAUGAGACAGCCGUACGACAGCAGCAUCACGUGGAGAGUGCUUCAAGUAAACAUUUGGCUUCUGAUUCAAAGAGCAUUUCUGGAGACUUUGUUAAACCAAAAGUUAGUGAACAAAAAAGCAACUUUAAAGAUAAUGAAAUCAAAGUUGGAAAUAAUGGAGUGGGAGCUGUGGAAAAGGAACGCUCACACCGAAUAUCUUCAAGAUCGUCUCGUGAAGAACAUGUCUCUAGUGGCAAAAUGGGCAAAUAAAAUGUGUGUGAACUGUGACAGAGUUUGAAGAUAUUAAUGGCAGAGAAGUGAUGUUUAAGAGUUAUCUACACUUAGCAUUCAGUUGUGCACUCUAAGUAGUGUGUUAAUGAAAUGCUCCAAAACGAAAUAUUAUCCAACAGAGUUAAUAUUGUAAUGACACAGCUUGUCUCUGUAACAUCUUCUGUUGCUAGGUUUGCUCUGUUACUUUAUCAAUGCCACCUGUAAGUGAAAAUCUUUUAAGGCAGGAAGUGUUUGCUGCUUGGACUCAGAUAUUUUUGUGGUGUGUUUUAACAAUGUGUAAGAUUUGCUACGUGAUAAUGGAAUCUUGAGUACGGUGCUGUAAAUAAAGACAAAGUGGUACUAGGGUUUGCUUUUCCCAUCUUUAUUACAACCAGUUGAAAUGCCUUAAACCUUCUUUCUCUAGAUUUUUAUAUCAGCAAUGACAUUUCUGUUCGGGUUCCUUCACUUACGUUUCUAGUAUUAUUUCACCAGCCAUCUUCAAAUAUAAAUGAAGUACUUGUUAAAAUAACAAAUGAAAAGUUGAUGAUUGUUUUAUAUCUUUAAUAUACUCAGUUAAGGUUGUUUGGUAUAUUGAAGGUAUUCAGGGAUUUUUGCUGGGUUAUGUUCAGAUUUAUCCAUAAAACAGGUCUUGAAAUCAAUCUCUGUACUUGAGAGUUAUAAUGUAUCUUGGGAGAGAGAGAGAAAAAGAAACAAAAUUGAUACUGAAGCUUUUUGGAUAAUUAAUCUGUUGUUUAAAUGUUGUCCCUGCGAGGUCAAUACCAUCUGUAAUCUUGUAAUGUAGAUGUGUAGUAAUUGGGAAAAAAAAAACAUUCAUCUUUACUGUAAAUUCAGCCAUCUUUUUCUUUCUUUCUUUCAAAUUGUUUGGGAAAUAUUCAAAUUUGUGUAGGAGAGCUGUCCCUGGAUAUUUCUUUCUCUAUUUGCAUUGAUUUUAACCUAAUUUUAACAGUUAAUUAUUCCAACUUUGUGCUUCUCUAGCCAUUUUAUUUUAUCACUUAAUGAGCCUAAAAGGUUUUAUACCUUUCUAAUCUCCUUCACAGUAAUUCACCAGAUCUUAUUUGUAGAAACAUUUCUUUUAUGAUUGAUUUUUAUUGAGUAAAUAAUGCCAGGAGAUUAAACAUUUUGUAAAUGUAGCAAGUCAGACUCUCGUGGAACUUAUUAUCGAUCAACAAAUGUGAAGACUAAUAUCAGUGUGUGACCACAAGGAACUUAAUGUACAAGAACCAUUGGUAAGAGAAUAUGGUGUUAAUCCAAGCUUACGGAUGGUUUUUUUUGUUGUUGUUGUUUUUUGUGAUACUUGUUUUAUAAAUUAGUAUCUAUAUGAAUAAAGGAGAUAUGUUUUGACUGGAAAUAAUAA